AUGAAUGAUAACUUUGAACAACUUGUCAAUGCACUUUCCAUAACUCCUUUGUCAAUUGAUAUUCUUUCAAAACUUACACUUCUCAUCGAACAGCAAACUUUCGAAUCUGAUCCGUUGUUUAUUUCUCAAUCGAUACAAUCAUUACUCGUUCUAGAAAACUGGGCAUGGCAACGGCUCAGCUAUGAUUCUCAUCAGUGGAUCAGUCAAUCGAGUUAUUUAACUUUAUUUCAUACACUUUCAUCAUUUAAUAAAAAUCUAAUUAUCAAUUUCGAUAAUAUUGAAGUAGAAACAAAAGCAUUACUCCUUAUUUCUUGUACAGUAGAUCAAGUUAAUAGUAUAUUUGAAGGAAUUAAUCAAAGUAAUGACGAUAAUGAUCGAUUUAUUGCCAUAAUUAGUGUUUGGUUUGAUAAUUUAGCAUUUUUCAUUAAUGAAGAUCCUCGGUUUGACACAUCACCUAUUAUUUAUCAUAUCAAUCAAUAUGUUGGACGCAACUAUGUUAUGACUGAUCAAUUCAAAUUUUAUUUAACUCAACUUCAACAACAAUCAAACUUACCAAAAUCAAUAUUUACUACUAAACAAUUAUUUUAUAUAAAAACAUUUUCAUUAUCUUUAACUUCAUAG